CGGUGAGCAUUCUUCAAUCUCGCCCCCCUUGUUCUCUCCUAGGCUGCCCGGCGCCCAGAGGAAGCCGCUGAGCCCCGGGCCAUGGUCCCGUCUCGCAGGACGUGGAACUUGGGAGCCACGCCCUCGCUGCGCGGCCUGUGGAGAGUGGGCCGGGCCGGGGAGCCCGACCCGGGGAUGGCUCGCCCCGCCCCAGCCCCAGCCGACCGGGCCGCCCGCCCAUUCCCACACACCGGCCCGGGGAGGUUGAGAACUGCACGUGGAAAAGACACUCCAGCUGGCGGUGACGAGGACUCCGGUGCCCGAAGUGCAGCUCGCCCAGCCCUAGCUCAGUGCCGAGCCCUCAGCGUGGACUGGGCUGGCCCUGGGAGCCCCCACAGGCUCUACCUGACCGUGCAGCAGGCCCUGCAGGACAAGGGGUACGAGAACAAGAGUCAGGGGAAGAAGGAAGAGAAGCUCCUGAAGAGGCAGGCGCCGGCCCCCAGGCGGGACCGGGUGGCCCGGGAAGCUGGUGGCGCCAUGAAUGUUGAGAAAACAGGUGGGCGGCUCUUUGGCAGCGGGAGGUGCUCGAGCCUGUCGGGGCCGCCACGUGCGGCCCCCGUGGUGCAUAGGAUGGUGGAGGCCAUGUCCCAGCUGCAGGAAGAGAAAGCCCGGCUGCAGGAGGAGCUGGCAGCCCUCCGGGAGAGGCUAGCCCUCCGAGACAGUGACCAGCAAGCCACAUCCACCCAGCUGCAGAACCAGGUGGAGAGCCUGAAGGAGAAGCUCAUUAGCCAAGCCCAGGAAGUGAACCGACUCCGAUCAGAGCUGGGAGGCACCGACUUGGAGAAGCACCGAGACCUGCUGAUGGUGGAGAAUGAGCGACUGAGGCAGGAGAUGCGGCGCUGUGAGGCUGAGCUGCAGGAGCUGCGGGCAAAGCCGGGGGCGGCCUGCACCAGCUGCGAGCACAGCCAGGAGAGCGCCCAGCUCCGAGACAAGCUGUCGCAGCUGCAGCUGGAGGUGGCAGAGAACAAAGGCAUGCUGUCCGAGCUGAACCUGGAGGUGCAGCAGAAGACGGACCGGCUGGCCGAGGUGGAGCUGAGGCUCAAGGACUGCCUGGCUGAGAAGGCCCAGGAGGAGGAGCGGCUCAGCCGGCGCCUGCGGGACAGCCACGAGACCAUCGCCAGCUUGCGGGCCCAGUCGCCGCCGGUCAAGUAUGUCAUCAAGACGGUGGAGGUGGAGUCGUCCAAGACCAAGCAGGCCCUCAGUGAGUCCCAGGCCCGGAACCAGCACCUGCAAGAGCAGGUGGCCAUGCAGAGGCAGGUGCUGAAGGAGAUGGAGCAACAGCUGCAGAGCUCACACCAGCUGACCUCACAGCUCCGGGCACAGAUCGCCAUGUAUGAGUCCGAGCUGGAGCGGGCACACGGGCAGAUGCUGGAGGAGAUGCAGUCCCUGGAGGAGGACAAGAACCGGGCCAUCGAGGAGGCCUUCGCCAGGGCCCAGGUGGAGAUGAAGGCCGUGCACGAGAACCUGGCAGGCGUCCGGACCAACCUGCUGACCCUGCAGCCGGCUCUGCGGACCCUCACUAACGACUACAAUGGGCUCAAGCGGCAGGUGCGCGGCUUCCCCCUGCUGCUGCAGGAGGCCCUGAAGACGGUCAAGGCGGAGAUCGGCCAGGCCAUCGAGGAAGUCAACAGCAGCAACCAGGAGCUGCUCCGCAAGUACCGCCGGGAGCUGCAGCUGCGCAAGAAGUGCCACAACGAGCUCGUGCGGCUCAAAGGCAACAUUAGGGUGAUUGCUCGUGUCCGGCCAGUCACUAAAGAGGAUGGGGAGGGGCCUGAGGCGACCAAUGCUGUGACCUUCGAUCCUGACGACGACUCCAUCAUCCACCUGUUGCACAAAGGAAAGCCUGUUUCCUUCGAGCUGGACAAGGUCUUCUCCCCGAGGGCCUCACAGCAGGACGUAUUCCAGGAGGUGCAGGCACUGAUCACCUCCUGCAUCGAUGGCUUCAACGUCUGCAUCUUUGCCUACGGCCAGACGGGCGCUGGCAAGACCUACACCAUGGAGGGGACCCUGGAGAACCCCGGCAUCAACCAGCGGGCCCUGCAGCUGCUGUUCUCCGAGGUGCAGGAGAAGGCGGCCGACUGGGAAUACACCAUCACCGUGAGCGCGGCCGAGAUCUACAACGAGGUCCUCAGGGACCUGCUGGGACAGGAGCCUCAGGAGAAACUGGAGAUCCGGCUGUGCCCAGACGGCAGCGGGCAGCUGUACGUGCCGGGGCUGACCGAGUUCCAGGUGCAGAGCGUGGAGGACAUCAACAAGGUGUUUGAGUUCGGCCACACCAACCGCACCACGGAGUUCACCAACCUGAACGAGCACAGCUCCCGCUCGCACGCGCUGCUCAUCGUGACGGUGCGCGGCGUGGACGGCAGCACGGGCGUGCGCACCACCGGGAAGCUGAACCUGGUGGACUUGGCCGGCUCGGAGCGCGUGGGCAAGUCGGGCGCCGAGGGCAGCCGCCUGCGGGAGGCGCAGCACAUCAACAAGUCGCUGUCCGCCCUGGGGGACGUCAUCGCCGCCCUGCGCUCCCGCCAGGGCCACGUGCCCUUCCGCAACUCCAAGCUCACCUACCUGCUGCAGGACUCGCUCAGCGGGGACAGCAAGACCCUCAUGGUGGUGCAGGUGUCUCCCGUGGAGAAGAACACCAGCGAGACGCUCUACUCCCUCAAGUUUGCUGAGCGGGUGCGCUCGGUGGAGCUGGGCCCCGGGGUCCGCAGGGCAGAGCUCGGGUCCUGGUCCAGUCAGGAGCAUCUGGAGUGGGAGACAGCGUCCCAGACGCCCCCACAGCCCUCAGCACGCGCCCAUUCGGCUCCCAGCUCUGGGACCUCGAGCCGCCCGGGCUCCAUCCGGAGGAAGCUGCAGCCCUCAGGGAAGUCCAGGCCGGUGCCUGUGUGAGAGACGCGGUCGUCCCUCGGGCCAGGAGCUGGGUCCUGAGGCCUCGCUGGCCUGCUCCUGCUGCAGUGCUGGAGCCUGGGAGGCAGAAGGCAGUGUGGAGGCUCCUCCUGGCCUGUCUUCCCUCAGAGAUGAGAAACAUGUUCGAAAGGAAAUGGUGUCUCUCGGCUGUGGCUAGCAUGGGCUGGAAAGGUGGGGAUGGCCUGUUCCACCUGGCGGGCCCAGGCUGCCGAGAGCGGGCCCUUGUGGAGAGGGUAGUAAUGUGUGGGAGGGUGGCCCCUGCCGACCCAACUCUCCCCAGCCUGCAGGGCCCUUUCUGUGGUGGACGGGCUGAGGCAGCCCAGGAACUGUGGGGACUGGGCGGGCCGGCGGGUGCCCCAUGCGGUCCACGCCCCCUCCCGCACUGGCGUGUACAUAGUCCUCCUAGGUGUACAUAGGAGCAGGCCCUGCCGCCGUGGGCCUGGCUGUAUUUAUGGCUGGCAGGAGGCCAGUGGGCGGGGAUUCUGCUGCUCCCCUCUUCUGCCUGCCAUCAGGCACUCUCCUUGCUCACUGGCCUCUUGACAUUUUUCUCCCUCUGAAAUCCUAUUUAAGAACUUUUGGAAGUUUAGCCAUUUAUACUUAUGAAAAUAAAAGCCUUUUUACACAAGUGUAGCCUGAAAGAGUUGCUCUCGUGACCCCAGUCAGAUCACAGGGAGCAGGGCAUGGGCAGACACUGUUGGCCUGCCUACCCCCUCCCAACCUGCCCUCUAAGUCACGGGUCCUGAAUGUCCACCAGUGGGAGGCCCAGCUCCUCCCACCCCCGAGUGUCUGAGGACCCCAACCACAAGUGUAGUUGGUCUGCACCUGGCCCCAAACUUGGGGAACCUGAGUAGGGGUUAAGAGGGGUCCUCCCUCUGAGACUGAACCCAACAGCUGCUGUCUUUGUCAGCCCUUUGGGGCUGACACCCAGGU